AUGAAUGUGGAGAGGGGUUGGUGCGUGCUGUGGGUGGCCCACUCCCGCCCACCACCUGCUCUCUUCACACUCUCCCGCCCACCACCUGCUCUCUUCACACUCUCCCGCCCACCACCUGCGCUCUUCACACUCUCCCGCCCACCACCUGCUCUCUUCACACUCUCCCGCCCACCACCUGCUCUCUUCACACUCUCCCGUCCACCACCUGCUCUCUUCACACUCUCCCGCCCACCACCUGCUCUCUUCACACUCUCCCGCCCACCACCUGCUCUCUUCACACUCUCCCGCCCACCACCUGCUCUCUUCACACUCUCCCGCCCACCACCUGCUGUUCACAUUACACCAGUGUUCACAUUUCAUCAGUGUUCACUUUACAUCGUGUUCACAUCUGGUACAGUAUCGACACCGUCGCUGGAGUAUGAAGUGGCGAUUUCAGCGCCAACCAUGGUUCUGCACUCCAACUCCCCAGUAUUGGAUGCUACAUACCCAAAGCCAUGUUGGUGGUGGCGUGGUAUCGGUGGCUCCAGUUUUCUGCUUCAGUCAGAAGAGGAGGUCGAUGAUGUUGACCUCUGGUGGGUGGGGUAUCGAGAUCACGCAAUCUAG